AUGCAGGAUGAAUUAUUGGAUCAUAUGCAACGCAACCUCUACUCCAAAUCCAAUGACCAAAUCAAAAUCAACCAAUUCCCCAACGGGGAGAACGAAAAGGGGAUUGAGGAGGUCCUCCAAUCCUCCAGAAACUGCAGAAAAAGAAUGCAAAACGAGAAGCUCCGAAACCAAAAUGGGCACAAUCUCCUUCCAGAACCGGAUUACAAAAUGGAUAUAUACAAUAUAACAAAACAAGUUGCAGCCACAGACUCUUUUCUUCGUUGUAAACUGUCAGCCUUAGUCAUCUACUUCCGAAUCUGUCACCAGCAGUCAGAACCUAAUGGUGCCGUUGAUUAA